AUGACUCAGUCAGCUUCCUACAAGUCCUGGUACAACGUAAAUCCCUGCUCCGAGCCCAUGCAAGACCUUCCGAGCGGGGCGCAAGUCGCUGCCGCCCCUCGCCUCGACCGCCAGCAAGAGGCGACGAAGCACUUCGAUGCCAGCACGGAUCGCUCGGACAACACCCUCGAGAUCACGAUCGAGAUUUCGCUCCGCAAGGGCGACAAGGCUUUCGUGAAGCAGGGAACCGUCGCUGUUCGUGGUCUCGUUUCGUCUUUCCCCUAUGGUAGUGCUAACCCGGCCCUCCUCCGUAGCAUCACGGUCAACUUCACCGUGAACCCCUCGAUGCUCAACCGCAGCCAAUCGCGUCUCUUCGUCGCGGGCAACAUCCCUCAACUCGGCAACUGGGGCUACAAGAGCAACUUUGAGCUCCAGCGCUCGACGCAGGACGGCAAGCGCGAGUACACGGGCACGCUCAAGCUCCACUCGUCGCUCGCUGGCAAAGUCGAGUACAAGAGGAUGGUAACCUCGGGAAGUUCGAGCGUGCCGGGGGGGCCAAACCGUGUCUGGACUGGCGAGGAGCGCGUUGAUAUCGCUUGGGAGCCGUGA